GUGUAGGCAGCAGCGCCGAGCCCGCGACCGCCUCAGACGCGCCGACCGCCGCGGACCGCGCUUCAGCUGCUGCUGCUGCUGCCGCUCCCGCUCCGGCUCCCGCUCCGGCUCCCGCUGCCGCCGCCCGCCCAGCCUGAGCCUGAGGCCGCGGCCGAGGCGUCCCAGGCUCCCCGCUGCGCCCGAAGCGAUCCCUUUGUGCGGCGGCGCCCCCUGCCCGUCCCGCGGCCCCGGCCCCGGCCCAUCCGUUCCGGCCCGCCCGCUUCGACUCGCCUGGCGGCGGCAUGAAGACCAAGUUCUGUAACGGCGGCGAGGCCGAGCCGGCGCCUCUGGGGCUGCUGCUGAGUUGCGGCGAGGGCGCCCCCCCGGCUGGUGGGGACCCCGCUCCCCCUCUGGCCCCCGCAGCCCCUGCCGAGCUCGAGGCCAAGGAGCGGGAGCACGGCGGGGGGGGAGGCGGAGGCCGCUGUUGCCCGCCGCCAUCGCCCCCGCCCCUGCCCACGGCCCCCGAACGGGACGAGGAGCCCGAGGAGGCGGCUGGGGACCAAACCCCUGACCCCCGCACCCGUCGCAAGGCCUAUCUCUGGUGCAAGGAGUUCCUGCCCGGAGCCUGGAGGACGCUGCCCGAGGACCGCUUCCACAUCAGCGUCGUCAGAGGUGGCCUCAGCAACAUGCUCUUCCAGUGCUCCUUACCUGACUGUGUCCAGUCUGUCUUGGAUGAGCCCCGGACCGUGCUGCUGCGCCUGUACGGCGCCAUUCUGCAAAUGAGGUCGUGCAGCAAGGAAGGAGCCGGACAGGCCCCCAACGAGGACGUGUGCCAGGGAGCCGAGGCCAUGGUGCUGGAGAGCGUUAUGUUCGCCAUCCUUGCCGAGAGGUGCCUCGGCCCGAAGCUGUACGGGAUCUUCCCACAAGGCCGCCUGGAGCAGUUCAUCCCUAGCCGCCGCUUAGACACUGGGGAGCUGAGCGUGCCAGACAUCUCCGCGGAGAUCGCCGAGAAAAUGGCCACCUUCCAUGGCAUGAAGAUGCCGUUCAAUAAAGAGCCCAAAUGGCUUUUUGGAACCAUGGAGAAAUAUUUAAAUCAAGUUCUGAGAAUUAAAUUUACCAGAGAAUCCAGAGUUAAAAAACUAAACAAACUCCUCAGUUAUAAUCUGCCUUUGGAAAUGGAAAAUCUGAGGUCCUUGCUGGAGUCCACUUCUUCUCCGGUGGUGUUCUGCCAUAAUGACUGCCAGGAAGGGAACAUCCUCUUGCUGGAAGGCAGGGAGGCCUGGGAGAAACAGAAGCUGAUGCUCAUCGACUUUGAAUACAGCAGCUACAACUACAGAGGCUUCGACAUCGGCAAUCACUUCUGCGAGUGGAUGUACGACUACACCUACGAGAAGUUCCCCUUCUUCCGAGCCAACAUUCCCAAGUACCCGACCAAGAAGCAGCAGCUCCACUUUAUUUCCAACUACCUGGCCGUGUCCCACAACGGAUUCGAAAAGCUCAGCAACGAAGAGAAGUCCCGCAUGGAGGAGGAAAUGCUGGUCGAGAUCAACAGGUUCGCCCUGGCGUCCCACUUCUUCUGGGGACUCUGGUCCAUCGUACAAGCCAAAAUUUCAUCUAUUGAGUUUGGGUACAUGGACUACGCGCUGGCCCGAUUCGAGGCCUAUUUCUACCAGAAGAGGAAGCUGGGCGUGUGAAGGCCGCGACGCGGGGGUCCCUGCCCCGCGUGUCUGAAGAGAGCGGCCGGCCGGGAUCCGUCCUCGGCGCCGACUCCUGGCCCCGCAGCCACGGGGGCUCGGCGCGCCUGCCCGCCUCCCCUGGGCUCACGGAUGUGGUGGGACCAGAGACUAGAUUAAAGCUGAGCCACGUUUGUUUCUAUCUUGUUGACGGUUUCCCGAGAUGGGCAGCGGAGCGCGGCGGGCGCCGGCGGCUCGUCGGUCUCCUCGGUCUCCUCCUCCUCCUCCCCCCUGUCCCUGGGGGGGGCUCGUUCUUUUGUUUCAUGGUUGUCUUUUUAACGCACACCACUAGCUCGGGAGGGGCCGAGCCGCCGCUGCUGCAGGACACAGCUGUGCCCGCCACGGUCCACGCCGAGGCCGGUGCCCAAGGAAGCCGCCGACCCGGGCUGCGAGUGCAGCUUCCUUGUGCCCACGCUUCAGCAUCACUGUGACCGGAAGGGUUGGCCAGGCCGCGGGAGGGACCCUUCCACACCCCCCAGGAGGCGGCCAUCAGCCUUGGGGCUGCCUGGGGGAACCUUGGGGGGGAGGAGGGUGCCGGGCGGAAAUCUUGGACAGGCCCCGCCGGGGAGGGGCCUGCUGGGAGGAGAACUGUGAAAUGGCGGUGGGCAGGCUGGCCUCGGGGGGGCCCCCCACCCUCGGGUUCUUUGUCUGCUCUGAACUUCACUGGAAUUGUUUGUGCGGCAUCGCUGGCAGCACCCACCGCCGACUGUACCAUACUGAAAAUAAACGUUGUCAAAGCA